GUGGCCGUGGCUAGUCGCUGAGUCCAUGAGUGUUUCAACAACUUGUACAGCGCAGACAGUGGCUGAGCCGCGUGCCAGCGGCUACAGCUGCACAUGAACACAGACAUGUUGGCUCAAGGUCUGUGGGCCUCAUCCUUAUUUCGUGUUCUAGCCACAGCACUCUUUCGGUAUUUGCUCUGAGAGCGCACCGCAAACCCUUCAGGAUGCUCUGGGCCAUGUAUCUCGAGGUGGCAAGUUUCGCGUUCAUCGGCUCCCAGGCCAUGCAGAUAAGCGUUGAUGGCUUCGGGCGCAAGAGUGACAACACAUGGUUAAAGGGAAUUAGCACAGAUGGCGACGUUGCGUGCAGCGUUGAGGACGAAUGCGUUGUUGGCUCUGGCACGGGCACUUGCAAGGUGAUGGUGGAUCCGGCCAUGGCGAUUCCGGUAGGUAGCACCGACUCGGGAUAUGACUGUGAUUUCGCUGUCACCAAAACUAGGUACCGCAGAGCAGCCCGGUACGCCACACCACCAUCUGAUGUCACCAUGGUGGGGCAUUCACCAUCAUCACAUUGGAACCUUUGCUGGUCGGCUAACACCUCAGGCAUUGAUCGCCGAGCUUUGCGGGGAGCACGCGUAGAAGAUCAUUGUUACUACGUCAACGGCAUCUGUUUCCUGUGGGCUUCUCCGUGUUCUGGCGGGUGUUCCCAAAUCGACGCUUUCUCCUCGUAUUCGUCGUUCUGCCCUGGACUGCGCUACGCUACGACAAAGGAGUGGUUGGCUGCACUUCCUGUUCUGAACAAAAACAGGGAAGAGUUCCACAAAAAAUGCGCAACCAGCCAGCUGGACCCACGGUGGAACCACUGCGAUGCACAGAAUGACUUCGUGCGGGUGGAGGACAACGCAUACAACGAGCUGAUCCUGGUGUGCGGCGGUGCAUCCGCAAACGCCUCGGCGACUCCCGCCCAGGCAAAGAGCAAGCAGCCGAAGCAGGAGAAGAUGAAGCAGGCGGAGAGGGAUUUCAAGACGGACGUGGCGGGGGCCGACCGCAAGAAGGAGGCCAAGCGCAAGGCGGAGGCCGACCGCAAGGCGGAGGCCGAGCGCAAGGCGGAGGCUAUUCGCAAGGCGGAGGCCGACCGCAAGGCGGAGGCCGAGCGCAAGGAGGAGGCCGACCGCAAGGCUGAGGCCGACCGCAUCGCAAGGCUGGAGGCCACUCGUAAGGCGGAGGCCGAGCGCAAGGCGGAGGCCGAGCGCAAGGCGGAGGCCCAGCGCAUGGAGGAGGCCAUUCGCGAUGAGGCCAUUCGCAAGGCGGAGGCCGAUCGCAAGGCGGAUGCCGAGCGCAAGGCAGAGGCCGACCGUCGGGUGGAGGCCGAGCGCUUGUCGGAGGCCAUUCGCGAGGCGGAGGCCGAGCGCAAGGCGGAGGACAAGCGCAAGGCGGAGGCCGAGCGCAAGGCGGAGGCCGAGCGCCAGGCGGAGGCCGAGCGCAAGGCGGAGGCCGAGCGCGAGGUCCAGGAGAAGAUCGAGCAGACGAAGCAGGACUCCAAGACGAACGCGGCCGGGCCGCCAGUUGCUCGAGACGCACGUGCCGUUGGCGACCCGCACCUGCAGAACAUCCAUGGUGAGCGGUUCGACCUGCUGAGGCCUGGUAAUCACGUGUUGCUUCACAUUCCGCGGAGAGAGCGUGUCGAGAAGGUGUUGCUCCGUGUGGAGGCCGAGGUGCGUCGCUUGGGCGGGCAGUGCGCGGACAUGUAUUUCCACGAGCUGAACAUCACGGGGGCGUGGGUCCCGCACGGUCGCACAGGUGGUCUUCGUUUCCAGGCGGGUGGCGUGCGCGAGAGGCAUCCGCAGUGGCUGAGCUUUGGGAGGGUACAAGUGAAAGUUGCCCAUGGGAGCACUCUGCAGGGCGCCCCCUAUUUGAACUUUUACGUCAAGCACCUUGGGCAUACUGGGUUCACAGUCGGAGGGUUGCUAGGCGAGGACGAUCACACCGAGGCAGCAAUGCCCUCGGAGGCAUGUGCUCACCGCCUUUCACUUCUUCAGGUUGCUGCCCCGAGUGAAUACAGUGUAACUGUCUUCCCAGUUGCAGAGGCGAGCUUUGAGUGAAUUCACGCGCAUGCAUGUAGUUCGCAUUCUGGUUUCAUGGAACAGGCUAGUGGAAGUUCAGCGGAAGCUCAAGGCAUGCUGACAGGAAUAUGUAUAUAUAUAUAGAGAGAGAGAGAGUUGUUGCAAGAAAGAUGUUGUUAAGGUAUGGUUGCUACUGGAGGGGCUCUAAGAUAACCCAACCACAUGACGCAAGGAAUACGCGUGGUUCGGAGCAAUACGCGAAGUGAGGCGAACGAUACAUGCAG